AUGACCAUGCGCCUCUGUACAGCUUAAUACAUUGCCGAUGUCAAGAUGUCUGUGGAGCUGGAUGUAUUUGUUGGAAACACCACCAUUAUGGACAAAGAGGUGUAUCAACUGUGGUUGAAUGGAUAUACAGUGAAUGAUGCAGUGACGGUGCGGAUAGAAGGAGGUGUAAUGGAGGAGUGUGAGGUGAGUGCAGAAGUGCUGCUCAGUGACACCAUGGACCAGUACAGAACUUUCCAGAUGUGCGAGAGACUUUUACACCACCCAGCUAAACUAGCCAAUCAGCUUCUGUUUCAGAUACCGCCAGACAGACAAGCCAUGCUCAUUGAACGGUAUUAUGCUUUUGAUGAUUUGUUUGUCCGAGAGGUCCUGGGGAAAAAACUCUCCAAAGGAACAAAAAAAGACCUUGAUGAUGUUAGCACAAAGACAGGUAUUACACUGAAGAGCUGCAGAAGACAGUUUGACAACUUCAAGCGAGUGUUCAAAGUGGUGGAAGAACUCAAGGGCCCCCUUGUGGAAAACAUACGGCAGCACUUUCUGUUACCUGAUCAAUUAGCGAGAGACUAUGCUGCAAUAGUGUUCUUUGCCAAUAAUCGUUUUGAGACGGGGAAGAAAAAGUUGCUGUAUCUAACCUUCCAGGACUUUGCCUUCUGUGCUGGGCAGCUCAUCAACAACUGGACUCUAGGAGCUGUUGAUAACAUGAUGGAGGACAUGGAUGUAGAUCUGGAUAAGGAAUUCCUUCAAGACCUCAAAGACCUUAAAAUUCUAAUCACAGACAAGGAUCUCUUAGACCAACACAAAAGUUUAGUGUGCACUGCUCUGCGGGGUAAAACUAAUGUCUUCAACGAGAUGGAAGCCAAUUUUAAGAAUCUCUCAAGAGGCCUUGUGAAUAUCGCUGCCAAAUUAAUCAACGCAAAAGAUGUCCGCGAUUUCUUCAUUGACCUUGUUGAAAAGUUUAUUGAACCUUGCCGAUCAGACAAAUGGACAUCAGUAGAUGUGAACCUCUACCUUACUCAUUAUACUAACUCGGCACAUAUCCUUGACACCUUUAAGCAUCAUUCUGUCUGGACCAGGUACAUGGGAGUUAUCAAAAGUUGCAUCCUUAAAAUGUACCAUGAGUAAAGAAUCUUAAUUGACACCUUUUCUCUCUCUUCAUGAUAACUCAUCUGCAUGCAGUCUAGCAUCUUAUGAAUUUAUGGCCUGAUGUUUAAUAUCUCCUGUCUAUCAUCUUUCUUUAAUCUUUUCUCAAAUAUGCCCCACCCCCCACCCCUACCAUCUGUCCAUGUCUUCACCUCCCUCUCCCUCUAUCCCUGUUUCAUUCUUUUACCCCUUGGCCUCCAGAAAUGUAUGACUUGUAAAUAAAAACAGCAUGAUUUCCACAGA